AAGUGGAAAGAUACGUUAGUCCCUGUGCUUGUCAGUCCAGUCCGGAGAGGCCUUGCUUAGUAGGUUGCUGAAGGGGAAGAGGCAAAGAAAGUGACCUGAGAGUGCUCUUUCACUUAGGGAACACAGAAAAAGGACCCAACACAUCAUUCCUGUGCCUUCAGUGGCCUAAACAGAUCAAUAGCAGAAGCAAGCAACAGAGAUGACGGUUACAUACUCCAGCAAAGUUGCAAAUGCCACUUUCUUUGGGUUCCACAGACUACUUCUCAAAUGGAAAGGAAGCAUCUACAAACUGCUUUACAGAGAAUUUUUUCUCUUUGCUAGCCUUUAUACAGCGAUAAGUGUAUUGUAUCGAUUUUUCCUUACAGGAAGCCAAAAACGUUACUUUGAAAAACUGUCAAUUUACUGUGACAAAUAUGCAGAGCAGAUCCCAGUGACUUUUGUACUUGGGUUCUAUGUUACUUUGGUGGUGAACCGUUGGUGGAACCAAUUUGUCAAUCUUCCAUGGCCAGACAGAAUUAUGUUAUUGAUCUCCAGUACCAUCCAGGGAAGAGAUGAAUAUGGUCGCUUGCUCAGGAGAACACUAAUGCGCUAUGUGAAUUUAACAUCCGUCCUCAUCUUUCGUUCGGUGAGCACAGCCGUCUAUAAAAGAUUUCCAACCAUGGACCAUGUGGUAGAAGGAGGUUUUAUGACACCAGAGGAAAAGAGAAUAUUUGAUGAUCUUAAGUCUCCACAUCUUAAAUACUGGGUCCCCUUUAUCUGGUUCGGAAAUUUGGCAGCAAAAGCACGGCAAGACGGAAGGAUCAGAGACAGUAUAGACUUACAGACACUGAUGAAUGAGAUGAAUCGGUAUCGAUCUUGGUGUAGCCUGCUCUUUGGUUAUGACUGGGUUGGAAUUCCAUUAGUGUACACACAGGUUGUCACUCUUGCUGUCUAUACUUUCUUCUUCACAUGCCUGAUCGGACGUCAGUUUCUGGACCCUGAGCAAGGCUAUCAAGGUCAUGAUUUGGAUCUUUACAUUCCUAUCUUCACAUUGUUACAGUUUUUCUUCUAUGCAGGAUGGCUAAAGGUUGCUGAGCAGCUUAUCAACCCGUUUGGGGAAGAUGAUGAUGACUUUGAAACAAAUUGGUGCAUUGAUAGGAAUCUGCAGGUCUCACUUCUGGCUGUUGAUGAAAUGCACAUGAAUUUACCACGAAUGAAAAAAGAUAUUUACUGGGAUGAUUCGUCAGCUCGCCCACCAUAUACAUUAGCAGCAGCAGAUUCCUGCAUUCCGUCUUUCCUUGGAUCAACCAUUGAAAUGGGCCUGUCAGACAGCCAGUUCCUGUAUGGAGAAAACUGGCACCGGGAUUGUGACAAACCCAGAAGGCAGCAUUCAGUGUUGAGAAAAGUGAAGCGAUUUCUGAGUGUCCGUGAAGAGUCCCCAGUCCCAACCAAGAGCUACCAAAGACAGUCCAGUGAAAAUUCAGUUUUUUUCCCAUCUCAUGAAAUGCACCACAUUGGCAAUCUGUUAGAAAUGCACUCUAGAGGGAGACAUUUUGCCUCCAAUGAAAGAAACAACCAUGAAGCACCUGAUAAGAGUAUGAAGGGACCCAGCAGUAUCGAUCUAGGGAUUAUAAGAGAAACCAGCAAGAAUGAUACUUUAGAGACAGGUUGCCAGUCCACUGUGCAUGACAGCAUAACCAAAAUGGAUCCUGUGGCCUCCAAAAAGAUUGCUGUUGAAUCUGAGGACAAAGAAGCCAGAACAGAUUUGGAAACAAACAGCACUACUCUCAUCCAGACAGAAAAAGAUUUUGGCACUCAACGUGCAUCAGAGAGUGACUCUGAGAUACUCACGCUGACUCCCAAUGAACCACAGAACUGUUCUGCACAUCCACUGACAUUUCCUACAAAGGCAGAGCCACCACACAUGGAAUCCAGGCUACAGGACUCAUCCACGAAGAACCAAGGGGGAAAGGACCCAUAUUCACCUCGAAGUACAUCUGAAAGUUCUACAGACAGUCAGUUAUGGAGAUUCCCAAAUGUUCCUACUCAGCAUGCAGGGCCCACCACAGAAACAGCUCCUCUUCUUCCAGAAUCUUCUAAAACAUCUUCUGGGAAAAGUAACCUGAGCAUCCCAAGCACACCUACCUCUGCUUCUGCUUCUCUAAAUACAUUUGACAUAAGCUAUUUAUUGGAACAGGUAGAUGCUAAAGAAACUGAUAUCCUUCAUAUAGUUGAGAUCAGCAAUGGGAAAAAUAAAUGAGAGAUGAAAGAG